UGAUUGGGGUGGAUUUUUUCUUUCUUCUAACCUUAAGAAAUUGUGUACGUACCUGAAAUGUGGGCUAUUACAUUCAUCGUCCUGGCUGUAGCCUCUCAAGGAGCUUUGUCCUUUAACGCCUUGCCUUUGGCUCAUCGUCAAUUGGCCAAUAUCAUGUUAAAGACUAGCGUAUCCAUGAAUGAACAUCCUGAACGUAACGUUUUGUGUUUCCCCAUCUAUUCGCAAGGAAUUGCCGAGGCCAAUGAACGUUAUGAAGAGACCUAUAAUGAAUGUCUGGAUAUCGCUUUGAAUGCCGAGAAGACCGUGGAAUCUGAAGUAGCUAAGGAUCGUAGUAAUGUUUAUCAGCAGGGAGAGGAUAUUUGCUCCUCAUUCCAGGGAUGUUCAAAGAUUGAAUCAUCAGCUGAUUACUUUCAGUGUUACCAUAAUGCGGCUGGUUCAUCUCUUACCAAUUCUUUGGAAAUGCAAACGCUUGCCAAGAGCACUAUGCAAUACAUUCAACUGAGAUAUCAAACAAUCGAAUAUGACAAGAACUAUUGCACCAACAAGAGUACUGACACCUACAUUAAGGAAUCCACAAAUCUGUACUCACAACUGGAGCAAUGUUUGGCGGGAGGAGCGCCCCCUCCUUCAACUACCACCAGCACUACUACUUUCCCAACACCUCCUCAACCAGAAUCGGAGUUUCAUUGAUUCAGUAUUAGUAGAGUCGCCCUCUAAAUGCAAAUAAUUUUGCAAUUAUAAAGAAAAGUUUAA